AUGUCGGGGGAUCCAGAAGCUGCUCAAAUUCAAGUGCGGUUCUUUACUAAACAAGAACAAUAUGCUAUCCCAGACAGUCCCCUGGCCAUCCAAAGUAAUAUACAAACAAACGAACUGAGCACAUUAGUCAAUGGCCUUCUCAAGGAAUCGGACUCGUCUAUCCAAAAAUCCGUGGAUUUCGACUUUCUGCUAUACGGCGAAUUGAUUCGUACAUCGGUGGCGGAGCAUUUGCAAGAGAAGGGUGUUUCAACUGAAGAAACAUUGGAGAUUGAAUACAUUGAAAGGUUCCCUGCUCCAAGCCCCCAAGACUGUUUGAUGCACGAUGAUUGGGUGUCGGCUGUUGAUACACAUGGAAAUUGGAUAUUGUCAGGCUGUUACGAUAACAGUGUCCACAUUUGGAAUCACAAAGGACAACAUAAACUGGCAAUUCCUGGUCACACAUCACCCGUAAAGGCUGUAGCAUGGGUGACCUUAGACAAUGAUCAAGGUGUCUUUGUGAGUGGAUCACAUGAUCAAUCAGCCAUAUUAUGGGUGUGGAAUGUGUCUGGCAAUUCUGUGGAAAGUGUUGUAACAUGUCGGAGUCAUGAGAAGGGAAUCGAGUGUCUGGCGGUGUCUGCUGAUGGCAAGCAGUUUGCAUCGGGGGCCUGGGACAAUAAUGUUUGCCUUUGGAGUGCAAGUCUUUCCGAUGAGGAUAAUGUGCCACCUAAAAAGAAAAGCAAACUUGACCAGGGAAAGUCAAGAGAAGCCCUAACGACUUUGAAGGGGCACCGAGAAGCUGUAUCCGCUGUGCAGUGGAUGGAUUUUAACACAAUCAUAUCGAGCAGCUGGGAUCAUUUACUCAAGAUCUGGGAUUGUGAACUCAGUGGAAUCAAGCAGGAGAUUGCAGGCAACAAGGCUAUCCUGGACGUGGCCUGGUCUCCACUGAACAAGAGCAUCAUCACAGCGUCGGCUGAUAGGCACAUACGUCUCUACGAUCCUAGGUCCUCGGACAGCAUAGUGAAGACGACGUUCACGUCGCACAGUGGCUGGGUGCAGUCGGUGCGGUGGUCCACCACGCAGGACACGCUGUUCCUUUCCGCGGGGUACGACGCGCAGGUCAAGCUGUGGGACACGAGGAGUCCAAAGACUACCCUGUACGACCUGACCGGACACGAGGAUAAGGUGCUUUGCUGCAAUUGGUCGAACCCCGCUCUCCUCAUCAGCGGCGCCUGCGACAACACCCUGAGGAUAUUCAAAGCGAAACACGCCAUCAAGCACGCCUGA